AUGGCAGACUUCGACGGCGAGUCGGCCCUCUCUCCCGACGACGAGGAACAGCUGUGGUCCUACGAGCCUUCAGCUCUCGAAAAGUCUCUGUCGAGCGAUGGCGAAUCCCACGAAUCCAUCGACGACGCACUUCGAGCCUGGCUGGCCCAUUCGACGGCCAUCGGCAAUCGAGACGAUGACCCCGACUCCCAGCAUCAUCUUCUGGCCUGCGCCCACCUGCUCCUCGACAGCCGCCUCUUCGAGGCAAACAAAGGCUACGUCCGCACCCAGAUCAUCCACAGCCUCCUGCAGGAGGACGAGACGGCCCCCUUGCACGCCGUCGCCAGCCUGCUCCUCCUCGACGGCCUCCGAGACGUCUUCAGCUUCCCACGCAUGAUCGACGAGGGUUGCUUCACGCGCCUGCUCGAGCUGAUAAAGGGUCGCCGGGGCGACAAGGACAUUCGCCUCCAUCGCCUCCUCCUGCAGCUCAUGUACGAGAUGUCUCGCGUCGAGCGCUUGACGGCGGCCGACCUCAUGCUCGUCGGCGACGACUUCAUCCACGACUUGUUCCGCAUCAUCGAGGGCGUGUCCGACGACGUCCAGGACCCGUACCACUACCCGACCAUCAGGGUUCUCCUCGUCCUCAACGAACAAUACAUGCUGGCCUCGACCGACACGGCCGCAGAUGCCGAUCCGACGCCGACGCCGCUGACGAACCGCAUCAUCAAGUGCCUUAGCCUCCACGGGCCGCUCUUCCGCACCUUUGGCGAGAACAUCAUCCUGCUCCUGAACCGCGAGACCGAGACGUCGCUUCAGCUCCUCAUCCUCAAGCUGCUCUACCUCCUCUUCACCACCAAGGCAACGUAUGAGUACUUCUACACCAACGACUUGCGCGUUCUGCUCGACGUCAUCAUCCGCAACUUGAUGGACCUGCCCGACGAAAAGGUGUCGCUGCGCCACACCUACCUGCGCGUCAUGUUUCCCCUGCUGGCACAUACCCAGCUGAAUCAGCCACCGCACUACAAGCAGGAGGAGAUCCUGCGCGUCCUGAGGAUACUGCGUGGCUCCAAGAAUGCUCAUUUUGCUCCGGCCGACGAGACGACCCUGCGUCUGGUUGAGCGGGUGACCAGGGUCGGCUGGCUUGAGCCAUCAUCGGAUGCCGGCGACGCCUCGGCCCCGGCCGUCGUGGCCCACAAGUUCCUCGGCAUCAGCCUGUCGCCGACUCAGUACGCGAGCAGCAUCAGCGUCGGGGAUGUUGCUGGCGUCAUGGAACGUCCCGGCGUGCAGACGCCGAGCCGCCACGCGGCGGAUGCUAGAGGCAGGGAUUCCCUCGCCCCCGAUGCGCUCUCGCGCGGAGAUGUCGCAAAACCGGCGAGGAGAAGCAAGAUCCUUCCGGCGGUGCCCAAGCACCGCCAUGGCACUCCCUUCAUCCAGGUGCCCGAGGUGCAGAUCAACGGCUCGGGAAAGAAAGUGCCACCCAGAGCACCACCGCCACGAAGAUUUGGCAGAAAAUUGAAAGUGGCAGAAGAACACGCCGCAGAGCCGUCCAUCCCUGAAUGA